CUACACAGCGCCACACAAGGCGGGUUGUGUCUGCGAAACACGAGACCACACAGAAGUACAUAUCCACACAGUGUGCCGCGCAACAUGGAGCGGUGACGCGGCGCUCCGAACAGUGAUCGAAUCUUGCCGGUAUUGUUACGGACAAAAGGAACGCUCGGAAAGACACUGCUAACCACUGAAAAUGGCAUUUGGAAGUAACAGUGGCGGCGAUAUCUCCUGUGCUUUCGUGUCUAUAUCAUCGGGGGUUCUUGUAGUCUUUUCGUGCCUGUGCUUUACGUCGAAGUGGCAAUGAGGAGGAACUGUCAUAAGGCAGCGUGCCGGAGUCUGACUGUACGUUUACAGUCAUAGUACAAGUUGCAUUUGGGAGAAGGACAGGCGUGAAACGCAGCCCCGUAUAGCGAGGAAAAGCAAGCGAGAAGAAGACACGACCGCGGGCUUCUAAUGUGUGUUCACCGGGCUGUCGCUGCUCUCGUACUGUCGCCUCUGGUAACGAUUUAAGGUACUGGGGCCAUAUACAUUCUCUCAGAAUGCAAGUAAAAAAGCAGAGGUGCCCGGAGAGAAGCUCUGGAGAUAUGCAGCGGGAUGACACGCAGAAAAAGGCUUCAUGCUUCUCAAAUAUUAAGAUAUUCCUCGUGGCGGAAUGUGCGCUGAUGUUGGCGCAGGGCACGGUUGGAGCAUACCUGGUGAGUGUGCUGACCACACUGGAGCGCCGCUUCAACCUGCAGAGUGCCGACGUGGGCGUCAUCGCCAGCAGCUUCGAGAUCGGCAACCUGGCCCUCAUCCUGUUCGUCAGCUACUUUGGGGCGCGUGCCCACCGGCCGCGCCUCAUCGGCUGCGGCGGCAUCGUCAUGGCGCUGGGAGCGCUGCUGUCGGCGCUGCCCGAGUUCCUGGCCAACCAGUACCAGUAUAAACCCGGCGAGCCGGGCCGAUGGAGCAAGCUGGGCCGGGACGUCUGCUCCAAUUUCUCGGGCACCGACCAGAUGGAGCAGGAGCUGUGCGGCAACAGGGCCAACACCAACAUGAUGUACCUGCUGCUCAUCGGGGCACAGGUGCUGCUGGGCAUCGGGGCCACACCCGUGCAGCCCCUGGGCGUGUCCUACAUCGACGACCACGUCAAGAAGAAAGACUCCUCCCUCUACAUAGGCAUUCUGUUCUCCACGCUGGUGUUCGGACCUGCCUGUGGCUUCAUCCUCGGCUCUGUUUGCACUAAGUACUACGUGGACGCCAUUUUCAUUGACACAACUAAGCUGGACAUCACGCAAGAGGACCCGCGCUGGAUCGGCGCGUGGUGGGGCGGCUUCCUGCUGUGCGGUGCCUUACUCUUCUUCUCCGCCCUCUUCAUGUUCGGCUUCCCCCAGACGCUGCCCACGCACGAGUCCCACGGCGAGCCCUCGAGCGGCCACGGCCACCACGGCACCACGCGGGCCGAGAGCGAACAGGCCAUGCUGUCCCCCAGCCUCUCGCAGGACUACGAGCAGCAGAAGCCCAGCAGCAACGGCGUGGCGUCGCACCUCGACAACAGCACCACCAACAACAGCAGCGGCGCCUCCUGCUGCCAACAGCUCAGAGUAAUCCCCAAGGUAACGAAGCACCUGUUGUCCAACCCGGUCUUCACCUGUAUCAUCCUGGCGGCGUGCAUGGAGAUCGCCGUGGUAGCGGGCUUCGCAGCCUUCCUGGGGAAGUACCUGGAGCAGCAGUUCAACUUGACAACCACCUCAGCCAAUCAGCUGCUCGGCAUGACUGCCAUCCCGUGUGCGUGCCUGGGCAUCCUCCUGAGUGGCGCCCUGGUCAAGAAGUUCAACCUGUCUGCGCUGGGCGCAGUCCGCAUGGCCAUGGCCGUCAACCUCAUCUCCACAGCCUGCUACGUCUCCUUCCUCUUCCUCGGCUGCAACACCGUGCCCGUUGCCGGGGUGACCGUCCCCUAUGAGAUCAACGGCCAACUGAAUGUGGGUGAGAGGCCGGAGGCGGCGUGUGUGAGUAACUGUAACUGCUUCACGUCCUCCAUCAGUCCCGUCUGCGGCUCCAACGGCAUCACCUAUCUCUCCUCCUGCUUCGCCGGCUGCACCAAGACCAACAAGAAGGACGUGCCCCCUCCGCUGUCUCAGAACCUGACGGGCUGCUCGUGCAUCUCCGAUAACCCAGAGCUGGCGACGGCCGUGCCAGGCAAGUGCCCCUCCCCCGGCUGCAAAGAGGCCUUCCUCACCUUCCUCAUCGUCAUCUGUGCGUGCAGCAUGAUCGGAGCCAUGGCACAGACACCCUCCGUUAUAAUACUCAUCAGGACGGUCAGCCCGGAUCUGAAGUCCUAUGCCCUUGGAGUGCUCUUCCUACUGCUUCGACUCCUAGGCUUCAUCCCCCCUCCUCUGAUCUUCGGUGCUGGGAUCGACUCGACAUGCCUCUUCUGGAGCACGGAGUGCGAGUCGCGCGGCGCUUGCCUGCUGUACGACAACGUGUCGUACCGGCGGCUGUACGUGAGCAUGGCCAUCGUCCUCAAGGUCAUCGCCUUCCUGCUCUACACCACCACCUGGCAGUGUCUCCGCUACAACUACCACAAGUACAUCAAGAACAGCGACGGCUACCCCUCCCCCACCGACAUGUUCAACAACGCCAACGACGGCCUGUGUAAGGACGGCCCUGGCGCGGGGCCGGGGAGCAGGACAAAGUUCAUAUACAGCCUGGAGGACAACGAGUACUGCGACAACAUGGAGUCCGUUUUAUAGUCGUCGUUAUGACGGGAUGUCGGUCGAAGGUUGUUUUGCUGAUUUUGUUUUUAUUUGUUGUUGUCGUUGUUUUUUGGGAGGCGAUAAUGGAAUCGGACCUCGGACACAAGCUACUUCAUCAUAAAAAAAAAAUUCUCUUGAAGGAUCAUCUUUAUGUCCUUUUUUACAGAUAGUUUUUUUUGUUUUUGUUUUUUUUUAUUUGGCAUUGUCUAUUAAAAGUCAUAGUUCAGGA